GGAUGUGACCUGCAAACUGCAUAUGAUUAAAAACGAAAAAAGGUGAUUUGAAAUGAUUUUAUUUUUGUUCUUUUGAGUACGAAAUGAUUUUCAAUUUUAAACUUAUCUUUCUCGGAAGCGACACGCAUUCGCCGCAAUGAGUCAAAAUGAACUCGUUGAUCAGAAUUUGAACGACGACGAUUUCACUGCGAAAAUAGUUCUUAUCCAAAUUUGACGACCACGAUUAUCCCACGUACUCAAAUCUAUCCUUUCAAUUUCCUCAGCUGAGUUGACAUUUCUUAUAUUUCCCGUUUUAUCCCUCCUCCUCCGCCCCCCGCCCCCCUCCAACACCGCCCUUUUGAUCCCUCUAAAACCCUCACCUUCCGUGUUUUCUCUCCCUAGACCUGCAAAUACACGUUUACCUACAUGCACUUGCGUUACUCGCAUGGGAAAUGCGAAUGGCAAAGAAGAAGGCAGUGAAAAUGGCGGCGCCGAGGUCUCCGAAGGUUCCAACCACGCGCCGGCAAAUCGCGUGGCUUCCGCUGAUCUAAUGGUGAGCUCUCCGCCGCGUGAUCCCCAUCAGUCGCGCGCUCCUCUCUUGUUUUCGUCUCAGGCCCCAGUACUUCCUAUACAAAGAAGUGAUGGCCCGUCACUCAACCCACUGAGGCAGAAUGAAGCUCAAAGAGCUGUUGAUCACCCCCUUGAACUAGGUAUACCGACUAUAAUAACUUGGAGUUUUGGCGGCAGUAAUGUGGUCGUGGAGGGUUCAUGGGACAACUGGAGGACAAGGAAAAUGCUCCAAAGAUCAGGGAAGGAUCACUCUAUUCUUCUGGUGCUGCCGUCAGGCAUAUUUCGUUACAGAUUUAUCGUGGAUGGUGAAGUGAGAUAUAUCCCUGAUCUACCAACUGAAACAGAUCAGACGGGCCAUAUUUGUAAUCUUCUUGAUGUCCACGACUAUGUUCCUGAAAACCUUGAUAGUGUGGCAGAAUUUGAGGCUCCCCAAUCACCUGAGUCAAGUUACAGUCAGGAUUUUCCAGGAGACGAAGAUUUCGCAAAGGAUCCGCUGCUGGUUCCACCUCAACUGGCGUCGAGUGUUCUUAGCUCAGAAAAUUACAAAGACACUAGUGCUUCAAAACCACAACAUGUAGUGCUGAACCACCUCUUCAUGGAGAAAGAACGACCAUCCCAGUCUGUAGUUGCCCUUGGUCUGACUCACCGGUUCCAGUCCAAAUACGUGACUGUCGUCCUGUACAAGCCGCUAAAAGGAUGAUCUGUCUCUAACCUUUGUAUUUGACAAGUUUAAUCCGCAGCUGAACUUGUAAUGUUUUGUUGUGCUGUACAUCUUACAUCCUAAGAGCAUUUGCUUGCUGUAUAAAUUUGGUUAGAAGAAGAAGCAGAGGGCAAUCACAUAUGUUGUCUGUUUCUUGAGCGAUUGGAGCGUAAUUGUUAAUACGACAAGAAUAGGCACCAAGUUUCUGCUUUCAGCUUCACCAUUUGUUCUGUUGUUUUAAAUGAGCAAGUGUACAAUCAGUAGUGUCUUCCACAUUCUUCGCACACCUGUAUUAGCAAACAUGUUUGUACUGCUUUUCAAUUUCGCAAUGAUUCAACUAUUUUGUGGA